AUGAAUUCUUCAUCUUCCCAAAAUCGCACAGAUGAAGACAAUUCCGCACAACUCAAUCAAACGCUUUCCAUCGACGAUCCUUAUGAUCUUUUCGACUUAACACGACAUCCUGAUGGCACUGUCACUCGUAAACCAAGGAGGCAUAAGAUGCCAAUUGGAGCUGAUCGAGAUCACGAGUACUGCAAUCCGAUGGUAGGGGAUGGACCAAAGUUGUUGGAGAAGAUCAAGUUAUUGGGUUGGAAGGUGUUGCUGUCUACUUGCGACGGAGAUUGGGCGGUUGACCGACAAAUUCAACUAGCAAACAUGAUGGAAGAAAAGGGUAUCAGAGUGGAGAGAAGGAUCGUUAUUGGAGAUUAUCAUGGUGACGAAGCCACAGAAUUACCUAAGCAGCAAAAACUGAUUAUUGCCUUAAAAGAUUUCAUAUUUUCUUCAAUUGCCCAAUUUCCUAGUUGA